AUGCCCUUGCUGUCAAACGACCUCCCUUCUUACACGGGGCCCUACCGUGUGGGCGCCGUCGAUAUUGAGGCGCCAUGCGAUGGUCGUCUCGUGCACACUGCGACACAUCGCACCCACGGCGCGCCCGCCUUCCAACUUGACACCGUCCUCUUCACCCUGUAUUAUCCAGCCUGUCCAGACGCCGAGGCCACAAAAGGCCGGCAUCGCUGGCUCCUAGAACCCGCGCGCCUUCGCGGCGAGGGGCUCGCCCGCCUCGCCAACCUCUCCAAUUGGGUUAUUGAUCGCGUGUUCGCCUUCCUCCUAUGGGCCUUCGUCGGAAGGCUAUAUAUCCCCGCCGACGUCGAUAUCCCGCUACGAGACCCGUCCCUGUCCGAUUCACCAGAUGUCAGCAACUCAUCUAGACCCGGAAAUACCGCCGGAGCUCGCCGUCCGAGUAACGAUAUCUCAUCGCCGCCCCAAUACCCGGUUGUUGUCUUUAGCCAUGGCAUGGCGGCCUCACGCACGGACUACACGCAGCUCUGCGGCGAGCUCGCCUCGCGCGGAUGUAUUGUCGCUGCAAUCGAGCACCGAGAUGGAAGUGGUCCCGGGAGUACAGUCCGCCGCGGACUGGGUCGCAGAGGGACUGUCUACUCGGCCGACCGAGGUCCUGGUGCCGGCGUUCGCAGUUUACCCAGCGUGCUGCACUUUUCCACCGAUCACUUAGACUGCCAAGCCCCGUUUGAUAAAGCAACGCUCCAACAGGCGCAGUUAUCCUACCGCAAGGCUGAGAUAGAGGAGACAAUCCAUGUGCUGCGGAUGCUGGCGAACGGCGAAGGGGAUGAUGUAUUCCGGCACAACGCGCGCGGCGAGGGAGAGCACCUCUCAGAGUGGCGGGGGCGGCUUGACAUCGAUCAAGUUAUUCUAGCAGGACACUCAUAUGGUGCUACGGGAGCUCUGCGCACCUGCCUAGGCGCACCAAGCCCCCCAUUACCCAUCGCCGGCUGCGUCGCACUCGACCCGGGCAAAUCGAGCGGACCGCUGAACGACGACAUCGCAGUCCCGCUACUCAUCAUCCACUCGCAUAGCUGGAGCCGCAAGAUCAGUUUCUUCAUGGGCAGACCGCAUUUCGACGUCGUCAAGGAGCUCGCGCAGAAAUGUCUACGGAGAACCGGCGCGGCCUGGUUCAUGACCAGUCUUGGGACCAGCCAUCCCAGCUGCACCGAUGCGCCUGUCAUUCAGCCGCUUUUACUCGGCUGGGCUACUGGAGCUACAAUUGCUGCGGAUGAAGGCGUUACACAGUACGCACGACGCAUGCAGGAGUUUAUUUACUUUGUUCUCACCGGCGAGUCCACGGGAUUGCUGGCGCAGGGGGAAACGCACCCUUCGUAUCAUGAGUCGGUCCUUGUCCCGUGGACGAAGGUAUAUGGUCCACGAGACUGGACACAGGACUGGCAGAUCCAUGUGGCGCCCCCUGCUAAGGAUACGGCCGCGAGUGAGGCCUCGGGCAUCGCCCUGAAGUAG